UAAAAAUGAAAUACUGCCAUUUGCAACAACAUGGAUGUAUGUAGAAGCCCAGUUUUGCAAUCUGCCAACAAUGAGAGACACCGCAUGAAGAGCCAUUGGAACAUUGAUGGAAAUGAGGAAAUACAGAAAGAGACUCCAGGAACAUGUGCACACAGAGGAAAGGCCAUUUGAGGACCCAGGGAGAAGGCAGGCAUGUGCAAGCCAACCAGAGAAGCCUCAGGAGAAACCAGCCCUGCUUAUGCCUUGACCUUGGACUUCCAGGCCCCCGAAUGGAAUGUCCAAGGAUCUCCAGCAAACUGACAAGAGAACAACCCCAGUAAGGAAAAUGGGUAAGCAUGUGAAGAGGCGAUGGUCAGUAGAGUGAACCAGAGGCUGACCAACAUGUGAAGAGAUGCUCAAGCUCAGCGACCAUCAGAGAAAUGCAGUCUGUGAAACUAUACAUCUAUCAGACUGGUGAAGGAUCAGAAAGCUGGAAAAAGACAAGCAUUUGGAUCAAGGUCAACCUCUUUAACUGGCAUUGGAGCCUCACACAACACACACGCAGCCACCCCUAGAUUGGCUCCAAAUAACCUUUCCAGCUUUGUCUAGUGCCACUCCCCUGCAGAGAAGUCCAACUAGAGGCCACUUCUGCCACUCUUUUCUGUCUGGAAUGCCUGACACAGGCUCUGUAACCCAGAAAUCUGUGGCAAACAAAGGGGCUAAGACCCUCAGAAAAGAUGGGACACAGGAAGGGGAAGUGAAGGCUGACAGAGGAUCACACACAGCGGUUAGGCCAAUCAGAGAUGGCAUACACGAGCCCAGAAUGCAAAACCACAGGGCCAGACAAUUUAAGCACAAGCAGGGACACAACAGGAAAGAGCGGAAUGAAAUCCUCAAGAAAAAAAAAAAAGGAUGGAGAAGUGGUCAGAGGGAAACUAUACAGGGAAAGAGAUGCAAACUGAUGGAAUGGAACUUUGCAGGGAGACAAAGGAGAACCAGCAGCGAGCGCACAACCAGAGCAGCAGGAAAAUGAGGAGUGGGGCACAGAGAUGGGCCUCUCGGGGAAAAGGUUACAAUCUUAGAGGAUAAAACAAAAAAUGAGCGAGGGAGGGACAUGCACUGGGAAAAGGGGGCAAACAGAGAGGAUGGGGAGGGUAAUCGCGACAUGGGUCUACUAGAAAUACACAGAGAAGGCGGUGAUUAGAGUGGAGCCUGGAGUAUCGGGUGAAAUCCAGAAGGAUGCACACAGAGUGUGGAAAGGGUUGAAAAGACAGAAACACUAGGGAAGCAAGGGGAAGAAAGGAGGAAGGGGACUAGGCUAUAAAGGAAUGACACACGUGGCAAAAGCGGGUCCAAAAAUGGGCAGAGGGGACUGGCAGAGACUCUGAGAGAACAAGAAAGGACGUUGGGAAAAUCAGCCCUGACACAGACAAGAAAUACGGAAAGGGGAACAACCUGAGAAGUUGGGACCCUGGCAGGAACCAGGGAAAUCACAUAAAAGGGUAGAUCCGGGUUAGGGCACCAGGAGAGAAGUCAGAGAAAACACAGGUGCCCCACAGCAAAGACAAGCCACCGAGCUAAGUAGAGGCCAGGAGUGCAGGAGGCACCUCUGCACUUGGCAGGCCGGAUGGAGACUGCGCACGCGCACACGAGUCCCUGCCUACGCCUGGGGGCGGGGUGGGCAGUCGUUCCUGGGAGGCAGCGCCACCUUCUUCCUGGAAGCAGUACUCGACGUCCCAUUGGCCACCUCCCACAAAAAGGGAAGAACUGUCUGGGAAAGAAGCCACAGGAAGAGGGGAAGGAGGCGUGAGAUUCAACUCGACGCGCUAUUGGCUGGCCUGAUAGUCCAACGCAAGGCGAAGCAGCCUGGAGGUAAGGGGCAGGUCGUCAGGGCAGAAUCUGGAAGCGCAUUGGACGCUUGCCACAGCGGCGGGAGGCAGUGCUUGAAGCUCAUUGGUCCUUGUAGGAAGGGGUGGGAAAAACCAGCGCGAGCAGAGCCGUUCCUCACGCCGCUGCCUCACUCUGGUCUUUUACCUCCUCCUGACUGAGUCUGGCUCAGCUUGCCUCAGAUUGUGGUAACCGCGGGCACGACGCGAACACGCCCUGCUACUCCCUGUCGCUUCUCCCGGACUCUCUGGCGCUGAACCCCCAUCGCCCCCAACUCCCACCAUCUUCCCCUCGCGCCCCUCACGCCCCCCUCCGACCCUCCCCCACCCGGGCUCCUCGCCGUGCCCCCCUGCCCUGCCCCCUCCCUGGGACCCUGGAGCGGGGUGGGCGCAGCUGCUGGAAGGGGGUGCUCCCCAGAAACAGCUGCAAGAGGAGGUGGUGCUCUACGGGGAGGCGCGAUGGGCAAUACCCCAGCUCAGUUGGGGGGGAGCGGGCAAGGGCACCUGAAGCGCUGGGCUCAGAGCUGCAGGGUGUGCCCGAGGGGAUGGAGGGCAUAUGGUGCAGGAGAGGAAUUCGGGAGGCGGUGAGCAAGCACCUUUGGCCUAGAUCAGGGCUGGCUCUUGGGCUCAGCAAACAUUUGUUGAGUGAAGGAACGUAAUUCUUGAAAGUGGGGCAAGGAAUCCUUGGGAAUCAUGUCAUUACUGGGGACGCAAGAGAGUGUUCUGAUUAAAAGGGGUGCAAUGGGGAAAUUGAACUGCAGAGCAUACAUGAGGCUGAGACCUCAACGGGGAGCAUAAAAAUAUUUGUAGAAUUGGAUUUAGGCAGGAGGGAAGGAUGAUAAUUGUUUCAGAGGGUGCCUAGAGAAACUGUUGGAAUGGGAUGUUGGUGAAAAGGGGGUGCAGAAUUCUCUGAGGGGGCCUGAGAGUGCAUGUGAACACCGAAAACUGGGGUCUGUACAUGGGAAGCUACAGAUGAGCAGAAGAGGAUAAUGUUUGAGUUGAAAAUACGUGACGAAGAACAGAGGAAAGGGGUUCUUGGGAAGAAGAUGCACCUGAGAGGGGGAAUGGGUGGGAGACAAUCACGAUGAGAAAGCCUGCAGGCGAGGCCUCCCAGAGGCAGGGGCUGGUCAGGUGAGGGCCCACGAGGCCAGCCUCACCCCCACGCCUGCCCCUAGAUCCAUGGAAACGGAUGAAAUGCCUGCUGUCCACCACUGCCCCUCAGACUCUGCCACAGGGGAUGAGGCCAGAGCCCCCCAGGGCACCGUGCUCAUCCCCAGGAGAGCCGUCAGUCGCUCUCCAACAUGUGCCCGCUGCCGCAACCACGGUGUCACUGCCCACCUCAAGGGCCACAAGCGCCUCUGCCUCUUCCAGGCUUGCGAGUGCCACAAAUGUGUCCUCAUCUUAGAGCGCCGGAGGGUCAUGGCUGCCCAGGUGGCCUUGCGUAGGCAGCAGGAGGCGCAAGUAAAGAGGCACCUGGUUCAAGGACUGGUGCGGAGAGGGGCAGCCCCUCCUAAAGCUCCCAGCUGUGUCAAGAAGGGAGCCACUCAACCAGGAGUCCCAUCUGGAAAGGAGAACGCAGCGCCCCAGCCUCAGAUCCCCCAUGGGGCAGCCCCACCGGCACUGACGCUGCCUGGGAAGGAGAACUCCCAGGGGCCGCUGCUACUCAGCCGUCCCCUGGAAGCCUUGCCUUUGUCCUGGACUCCCGUGCCUCCGGGCCCUCAGGCCCCUCCAGGCCUUUCCAUGCCGCCCCCACUGGUAUGCCGCUUGCUAUGCCAAGAAACUGCUAUCCCUCUGCAUCAUCCCUUCCUUGGCGUCAACCCUGGUACCUCUCUCCGACUGCCUGCUCAUGGUCCCCUCCCAACCUGCCCAGGAUUUCAUCGGAUACUGAUGGCUCCUCUUUCUGGAGAAUCACAAGGGCCCCCUGCCCUGCCCCAAAUAUGCUCAACCAUGAUACUCCAGCCCCAUGGCACCCCAGACUCUCUUCUGCUGCAGCCGCAGGUCUCCAGAGCCUCUCACCUGGCUGGGACCUCUGAGCUCUCAGAACGGCAGCUGCAGCAGGAGGCAGCUGAGGCUCUUAUGGGGCUGAAAGAUUCAUCCCAGGCUCCUCUCCUGACUCCUUCUGUGCUCCCCAACCCUGCCUGGAUCUCCCCGCACCACCCUUGUGACUCACCAGGUCCUGCCGAAGGAAGAGGAUCCCAGUCUGUGGGCCCCUCUCUCUGACCCAGACCUGCUCCCUCCGUGGCUCUGAAUAUUGGGCAUCUGGGGUCCAUCUCCCUCCUAAGCUAGAAGCCCAGAGGUGGAGACCUCACUGGGGUCAGGGGUAACAGCCUGCAGGCACUACAUAUUCGGUAUUUUACUUCUGGAUUUAUGCAUGGAAUUUAAUGUAGUACAAGCUUCAAGCUUUUUUUUUUUUUAAAGCUUUCAGAUACUUUGUUAGCUUUGGUUGCUUUUGUAACAUGGGCAUUUCUUUGGCCAAAGGUGGAUAUUCUCUUACCCACUCUGGGUCCUUGGGUCUUUCAAAUCCCCAACAAAGAGAGAGAUGUACAGUUUAAGCUAGCCAGUGUCGAAAUGUGUUUUUGCAUGAGUUCAUGUUCCAGAGUAUUUAUUUGUCAUGUGAUUCUGUCCAUACUCAUGCACUCGUGUCUGUCUCCAUUCCUGUGAACUAUGUUUGUGUGAGUAAGCAAGAAAUAAACCUUUGUUGUUUUAAGCCACUGAGAUUUG